GCCCCGCACCCGGCGCCCCGGCGGGCGCAGCGCACCAUGCCGCAGCUGGACUCGGGCGGGGGCGGUGCGGGUGCAGGCGACGACCUCGGCGCGCCCGACGAGCUGCUGGCCUUCCAAGACGAAGGCGAGGAACAGGACGACAAGAGCCGCGACAGCGCCGCGGGCCCCGAGCGGGACCUGGCCGAGCUCAAGUCCUCACUGGUGAAUGAGUCCGAGGGCGCGGCCGCGAGCGCCGGGGUCCCGGGUUCCGGAGUCCGGGUGCAUGGAGAGGCCGAGGGAGCGCCCGAGGCCCUCGGACGAGAGCACACUUCGCAGAGACUUUUCCCGGACAAACUUCCAGAGUCCCUAGAGGACGGCCUGAAGGCCCCGGAGUGUGCCAGCGGCAUGUACAAAGAGACCGUCUACUCUGCCUUCAAUCUGCUCAUGCACUAUCCACCGGCCUCCGGAGCAGGGCAGCACCCCCAGUCUCAACCCCCGCUGCAUAACAAGGCUGGCCAGCCCCCACAUGGCGUCCCCCAACUUUCUCCACUCUACGAACAUUUCAGCAGUCCACACCCGACCCCUGCACCUGCGGACAUCAGCCAGAAGCAAGGAGUUCCCAGGCCGCUGCAGACCCCUGAUCUCUCUGGAUUUUACUCUCUGACCUCAGGCAGCAUGGGACAGCUCCCCCACACUGUGAGCUGGUUCACCCACCCGUCCUUGAUGCUGGGAUCCGGUGUACCUGGACACCCAGCAGCCAUCCCUCACCCAGCCAUUGUACCCUCCUCAGGGAAGCAGGAGCUGCAGCCAUAUGACCGAAGCCUGAAAACACAGGCAGAACCCAAGGCAGAAAAAGAGGCUAAGAAGCCAACCAUCAAAAAACCCCUCAAUGCCUUCAUGCUUUACAUGAAAGAGAUGAGAGCCAAGGUCAUUGCAGAGUGUACCCUCAAGGAAAGUGCUGCCAUCAACCAGAUCCUGGGUCGCAGGUGGCACGCACUAUCUCGAGAAGAGCAGGCCAAGUACUAUGAACUGGCCCGCAAGGAAAGGCAGCUGCACAUGCAGCUGUACCCAGGCUGGUCAGCGCGGGAUAACUACGGAAAGAAGAAGAGACGGUCAAGGGAAAAGCAUCAAGAAUCGACCACAGACCCUGGCUCGCCUAAGAAAUGUCGUGCUCGCUUUGGCCUCAACCAGCAGACGGAUUGGUGUGGUCCGUGCAGGAGGAAAAAGAAAUGCAUUCGGUACUUACCCGGAGAAGGCCGCUGCCCCAGCCCCGUUCCUUCCGAUGACAGUGCUCUAGGCUGUCCCCGGUCCCCAGCUCCCCAGGACUCACCCUCGUAUCUCCUGCUGCCCCACUUCCCCACAGAACUGCUUGCUAGCCCGGCGGAGCCAGCACCAACUUUCUCAGGGCGCUCUGCAACGCUCACUCUUCCAGCCCCUGAGUCCCCAAAGACCCUCCACAGCACCCUCCAGAAUACCCAAGUACAGCAACAGGAACCUCAGAGACAGGCAGCCUAGCAUGCACAGGACACCUGGCUUGCUCCAGGGGCCCACCCCUAACUCAAGAGGAGGCGACAAGACCAGAUCACUCGGAACCAGCUAGGGGUCCUCUCUAAGGUGCUGAAGAUUUCCAAGCCGCUUAACUACUCCCUGAACUGGAGGCCAUCAAUUAAAUGGGUAGAGAUAAGAUCUGUGGAGCUGUCUCACCAAGGGCAUCCUGGUGCCUGUGGCAGCCACACCUCCUCUUUUUAUCAUGUCUUGCUAGCUGGAUGCCCCUACUGGUUUUGGUUUUUUUUUUUUUCUUUGUUUUUUUUUUUUCUUUUGCUGCAGGUCAGAUGAGCUGGACUGACUGAGUCCAGCUGCCUUCUUCUCUCCAGAUGCUUCUCUUGCCCUCUGCCACACUUUCCCCAUGCCAGUACUUCUUGGACCAAGAAUACCUGGUUUACCACACAAGAUGACUUCGUGGUUGGUCACCAGCCACAAAAGUCUAAAUAAUAACGCUUCUCUCUUAAGGAGCUGAGAAGCUCUGUUUACAAGUAACAGCUGCUGUUCCUAAGCUGGGCCAGAGGAAGCUUCUUAUGUGUUCUCAGGAGCUUGCUCCUCCUCAGGAGGAGGAAAUGGGAUAGGUGAAGUUUAAGGCCUUUCACCCUAGGCACCAACCCUCCUCGCUGGUGGACAGUACUCAGCUUUAAUUAGAAUGACUGGGACGUCUUUCCUGAGAAACUCACCAGCCCUAGAAACUACAGUUAAUAAAUUGAAGUUGGCCUAAACACAGUGUGCACCCUUCCCAGUUCCAUUCCCAGCUCAUCUAUGUCAGCUGAAUCACAGCUCGUGGGCAGCUGUGAAAGGACAAAUCCCAAAUCCCCCAACAGCCAGAGCCCAUCUCUGCAUUUAGAACUGGCCAGCCAGCUUCCCUUUAUGGGGCUGCAGGAAGAGAUCUGUUACAACCAAAGCAAGGAGUCCAUAAGACCUCUUGUGGUGGACAUGGUUCUUUGCCACAUUCUAGAAAUCCUUUUUGAGCCAAACUUAACCUUGAGCCUUGAAAAACAAGUUUCUUUUUUGUUUAACUGUUUUGUUUUUCAUUCACUGUAUAUAGCUUGAAUCCAAAGAAAAGGGGUUAUUCAUGUAUUCUACACACCUUAAAAAAAAGCCUUUAGUUCCUACUUUUAGCCACUGGUUUCUCAAUCCAAAGAUCAUGUUUCUAGUGUAGUGUUACAAGUGUUGAAAAGACUGGCAGAGUGUGGUGGUGCACACCUAUAAUCCCAGUAUUUGGGAGGUAAAGGCAGGUGGAUCUCUCUUGAGUUCCAGGACAGCCAGGGUUGUAUAGAGACCUUGUCUCAAAAAGGAGGGGAAAAAAAAAAAAAACUGACGUAGUAUCCAAAAUAUUUUUGUAUUAAUGCAUUAUCAGAGAAAAACUUUUUUAAAUGAGAAUAAAGAUACUUUUUACUGGGUUUGUUUUUCAAAGA